CUCCUUCCAAAGGAUGAGAUGUACACUCCUCCCAUCGUGGUGAAGGUGAUUGACCACCGGCCGUUUGGCAGGAAGCCUGUGGUUGGUCAGUGCACCAUCAGUUGUCUGGAGGAGUUCAGGUGCGACCCGUACGUCAUCGUUUCCGAGGGAGCCAGGGCCUCCAAGAUGGCUCUGAUGAUGACUGCGCCUCGUAAGGACGUUGCCAUAAUGAUGGACGAGGGAAGACCGCUGCUGGAGGCGCAGCACUCAGAAAAGGAAAAGGAAACGGUUGAUUGGUGGAGUAAAUUCUACGCUUCAGUUGGAGACCAGGAGAGAUGCGGCCCUUACACCAGCAAAGGCUACGACACCCUUAAAGUGUAUGACUGUGAGUUGGAGAAUGUCGACGAUUUCAAAGGGUUGACCGACUUCUGCAACACGUUCAAACUGCAGCGAGGCAAGAACGAAAACGGGGACGAAGACCCCACCGUGGUCGGAGAGUUCAAGGGGGCGUUCAAAGUGUACCCCCUGCCAGAUGACCCCAGCGUUGCUGCCCCGCCCCGGCAGUUCCGAGAGCUGCCGGAAAGCGGACCUCAGGAGUGUCUGGUCAGGAUUUAUGUGGUUCGGGCAAUUGACCUGCAGCCUAAAGACAACAAUGGCAGAUGUGACCCGUAUAUUAAAAUAUCAGUGGGCAGAAACACAGUGGACGACAGAGAUAACUACCUGCCCAACACCCUGAACCCUGUGUUUGGAAGGAUGUUUGAGAAGACGUGUUUCCUGCCUCAAGACAAGGACUUGAAAAUCGCCGUGUACGACUAUGAUCUCCUGACUCGUGAUGAAAAGGUCGGCGAGACGGUCAUCGACCUCGAGAACCGCUUCCUGUCUCGAUACAACUCCUACUGCGGCCUUCCUCAGACCUACUGCAUCUCUGGCAUCAACCAGUGGCGGGAUCAGCUGAAGCCGUCUCAGAUCCUGGAGAACCUGGCCCGACUGAAAGGCCUGUCCAAGCCCAGGAUGGAGGACAACGGCACGUCACUUACGUUCAAUGGAAAAGAUUACACUUUGGCUCAGUUUGAAAACAACACGGAAAUUCACCAGCACCUGGGCCCGCCGCGGGAACGCCUCUGUCUGCACGUCCUCAGAACUCAGGGACUCGUUCCUGAACACGUGGAGACCAGGACCCUCUACAGCUCCUUCCAGCCAAAUCUGUCUCAGGGAAGGCUUCAGAUGUGGGUAGAUGUCUUCCCCAAAAGCAUCGGGCUCCCUGGUCCUCCCUUUGACAUCACACCCCGCAAACCCAAAAAGUUCUUCCUGCGAGCGGUCAUCUGGAACACCACCGACGUCACUCUGGAUGAAACCAGCAUCACGGGAGAGAACAUGAGCGACAUCUACGUGAAAGGCUGGAUGCCGGGCAUGGAGGAGGACAAACAGAAGACUGACGUCCACUACAGGUCUCUGGAUGGAGACGGAAACUUUAACUGGCGGUUUGUCUUUGGCUUUGACUACCUGCCAGCUGAACAGCUCUGCCUCGUUUCCAAGAAGGAACACUUUUGGAGUCUCGACAAUACAGAGUUCAGGAUUCCUCCCAAGCUGCUGCUUCAGAUAUGGGAUAACGACAAGUUCUCAUUGGACGAUUACUUGGGCAUGCUGGAGCUGGAUUUACGCAAGCUGGUCCCUCCUGCCAAAACUCCAGAGAAAUGCUCCCUGGACAUGAUGGACAAUCUGGAAAUCGGAACGCCAGACAAACUGAUGACUGCAAAGUCUCUGUUUGCUCAGCAGUCAGUCAGAGGCUGGUGGCCUUGCUCCAUCGAACAAGACGGGAAGAGAGUACUGGGUGGUAAAGUGGAGAUGACGCUGGAGAUUGUGAGUGAAGCAGAAGCAGACGAGAGACCUGCAGGAAAAGGACGGGACGAACCCAACAUGAACCCAAAGCUGGACUUUCCCAACCGUCCAGAAACCUCUUUCUUCUGGUUCACUAACCCCUGCAAGACCAUGAAGUUCAUUAUAUGGAGAAGGUUCAAGUGGGUGUUCAUUGGACUCAUCAUCCUCAUCAUCGUUGUUCUCUUCAUCGCCAUCCUGCUGUACUCUUUACCGAACUACAUCUCCAUGAAGAUCGUGAAGCCGCUCCAGUGACAACGGAUCGCGCAAACUGAACACUCAGCCAAACUAAACAGGUUAAGCUUUUAUUUUCACAGCUGACGGUGUUUUAUUAUUGACGGGUGUUUUUGCAUAUUUGCACUGUUGCCAUAAUAAAUGUGUAUUUUAUGUAGACGGCUUCAAGGCGAUAAAAAUGGGACACUGUUGACAUUUCAUGCUGCACUGCAGUCUAAAACCUCAGGUGGUUGAAAAAUGUUAAUGUCCGUUGUAAGGUCAUGCAGGUUCUGGUUCUACGUUGGUAUAGAGACGGUUUUAAGACUUUCAUUGCAAGCCUCUCAUUCAUUCUUUCAUUACAAGGUGUCUUCCUGAUUUUUCUCAUUAACAUUAUUGUGCCAAACUGUUCAUUCAUAUCUGUCCUGUUUUUAAGUGAAAUAUUAAACAUGUUUUACAUUAAAGUGAAAUAUUUCCAGAGGA